CCUUGGAGCUUGCAACAUGGUAUCCAUGGAUUAUUGUACUAAGUCUGGAUUAGUGCACAGGCCAAGUCACCUAAUCACUGUUCUCACAAAUUACAAGCCAGUUGAGACCCAAUGUUUGAACAGGAACCAAUUACAGUUUACAAAUCAUUUCUUGUCACGUCACCACUUCUAUAACUGCAUCUCAAAUUCUUUAUGAAAGUGUUGUUUGUAUUCCUUUGAAGUUGAGACAUCCUUGUUGACGUAGAUCCUACCUGAGACUCAACCAUGGGUGCAGAGGAAGAUAAGAAGAAGAAGGCCAAGAUGGCGAGACGGAAGCAGGAAGUGCAGCUCCAGCAGGAGAUUGAGACGACUGAGGAGUGGGAGGAGAUGAUUGCCAAGGAGGGUCUGUGGGUGGUGGAUGUGUACCAAGAAUGGUGUGGGCCAUGUGCAGCUAUGGUCGGUAAUUUUCGCCGUUUGAAGAAUGAGUUGGGAGAUGAACUUCUUCACUUUGCUGCGGCCAAGGCAGACACAGUUGAUCCUCUGGACAAGUACAGGGGAAGAUGCGAGCCAUGCUUCCUUUUAUUUGCUGGUGGGGUUUUGGUUGGGUUUGUCCAUGGUGCCAACUCGCCUGUUAUUCUGAGGACAAUCACAGAACAGUUGGCAGCAGAGCACAAGGUGAUGGAUGGCAGUGUGGAAAGGAAGGAGGUGAAGGACCCUCUGAUCUCAAAUCUGGAGGAGAGAGAGAAGGCUCGGUAUGAUGAGGAGGAAAAUGAGAAGGAAGAAGAAGAAGAUGACGAUAAUGUCUUAGACUAUCGAGGAGAGCGUUGUAACUAUGGCGACACUCUGACAAUGAGCAGCCAGCAGGAGGAAGAAAAGAAAGGUUUCACUGUGGCUCUCAUCAAGCCUGACGCUGUCCGUGAUGGUAAAGUGGAGGAGAUUUUACAGCAGAUGAGUGAAGCUGGUAUUGAGAUCCUUGCCCAGGAAGAACGGCAACUGUCUGAGGAGGAAGCCAGAGACUUCUAUUCCCACCUUCAGGAAGAGGACUAUUUUGAGGAUUUGGUCAAAUUCAUGAGCAGUGGACCCAGUUUUGCUCUUGUACUCACCAAGGGAAAAAAAGGAGACACUAUUCUACAUGACUGGAGGGAUAUGAUUGGUCCAACCAGUGUGGAGGAGGCCAAGGAUCAGGCACCAGAUAGUUUACGAGCCAAGUAUGGAAGUGACAAGUACAUGAAUGCCCUUCACGGAAGUGACUCCCCGGACCGUGCAGCCAGGGAGAUGGCCUUUUUCUUCCCUGACAUGUCGACGCCCACCAUUCCCAUACCAGGCUCCCGCCCACAGCUGCAGCGAACCCUGGCCCUCAUCAGACCGGAUGCCUUCAACAAAAGUAGAGAUGAAAUCAUGGAGAAGAUCAAGGAAGCUGGAUUCAAAGUUGCUCUCCAGAAGGAGAUGACAUUAACAAAAGAGCAAGCAGCAGAGUUCUAUAAAGAACACACUGAUGAACCUUACUUUGAAGAAUUAAUAACGAGAAUGUCUAGUGGUCCACUUAUGGCCCUUGGUCUAGCCAGAGAUGACGCUGUGACUGCCUGGAGGGACGUUCUUGGCCCAACAACAAAUGCCAAGGAGGAGGCACCAGACAGUUUACGAGCCCAGUUUUCUAUAGAGGAGACUUCCAUCAACCAGCUACAUGGAUCUGACUCCAAGGAAACAGCCGAAAAAGAAAUCCAGUACUUCUUCCCAAUGGAACAAACAGUAGCUGCCAUCAAACCUGAUGGUAUUUCCACUAAAGAGGAGAUCAUCGAUAAAAUCCAUGAAGCAGGCUUCAGGAUAGCAGCAAGAAAAGAAACUACAAUCACAAAGGAAAUAGCAGAAGAAUUCUAUGCAGAACACAAAGAUAAAGAGUAUUACGACGACCUUGUAAAUCAUAUGACCAGUGGUCCCACUAUGUUCAUGGUGUUAUCAAGGGAGGGUGCUGUGUCAGGCUGGAGACAAGUCAUCGGCCCCACAAAUCCAGAAGAGGCUAAAACCGAAGCCCCAGAAUCACUACGAGCCCAGUUUGGGCAGAGUAUCCUCCAAAAUGCUGUCCAUGGAAGUUCUGAUGCCAGCCACGCCAAAAAUAGUAUAGAGAAAGUGUUCGGGCAGUUGGAGUUCAAUCCUGAUGGUACUGUGAAAGAUGAAGAUUCACAAACGUUACAGAGUGAACCUACGAAAGAACAAGAGGAGACUGCUGUUGAAGAGACACAAGCUGAGGCCAGUGAUGUUGCCCCUGAGUUACGACAAGAAGGAACAGAGGAAGAGUCUGGGGAGACUAAGCAAGAGACUAGCCAAGACAACACUGAAGGUGGCACUGCACAAGGGGAGGAUGGGGAGAAGAAGGAUGGGGAGGAUGAGGCUGCCAAGCCCGAGGGGGAAGAGGCUGCCAAGCCUGAGGGGGAGGAGGCUCAGGCUCAGUCAGAGCAGACUGAGAGUGAGAAGCCUAAGGAUGAGGGAAAGGCUGAGGCUAAGGGGGAGAGUGGGGAGGAGGCUCAGGCAAAUCAGGAAACAACUGAAUCUCAGGCAAAAACAGACGAAGAAGGUGGCACUGAGCAGAAGUCUGAAGAUCGCGCUGCCUCCGUAGCCAAGGGUGAGGACAAGACCAAUGACAACAAAGGAGAAGAUGCUAAAGGAGAAGAAGCUAAAGAAGGGGAUGCCAAAGAUGGAGAGAGCAAAGGAGAGGACAAGGCUGAAGAGCAGAAGGAAGAGGAUGCUUCAAAGGCUACAGAGGAGUCAGAGAAGAAGGAGGAAGAGACAAAAGAUGAAACAAAAAAGGAUGAAGAUACAAAGGAGGAGGAUGCAAAGAAAGAUGAAGAGACAAAGAAAGAUGAAGAGACAAAGAAUGAUGAUGAAACCAAAACUGAGCAAAAGGAAGAGACUAAAACUGAAGAGCAACAAGCAGCCUCCUAGGCGAACCUGUAGGAUUCAAGAUUUGAUAACAGUCACAAGAAAAUUCAUCCGGUUCAUUUCAUGCAAAGAAGUCCAUUGGAAGAAACACAACAAACAUGAAACAGCAGAAGUUUUUCUAGUUUACUGCUGUGUGUAAAAAGUGUAUAGUUUACAACUGCAUUUUCACUCACACUGAGCUACUUCCUUCGACUUUAAUAAGUAUUAUAAUUGUGAUAUUUAAGUCACUGUUUUUGCCAUAAAACUGCAAUUGUAGUGAUGAAUUGUGAACUUUGAAACCUGGCAAUGUUCUUAUUAGUCCUGUUUACUCCGUUAAUAACUUGGCCAGAAAAGUGUAUAUUUACUCAUGUAUCCUGAUAUAUGCUUGUGCUAUCUGUGAUGUUUACAAUGAAUGUUAUAUUUUCUAUUUAUUUCAAAUAUGGAAGAAAAAAAAUGUUUUAAUAAAUAUGACUUUGGCA